UUUCUCUUUAACUACGAGCGGGGACGACGCCGCAGCAGAAGAAGAAGGAGAAGAAGAAGAAGAAGAAGAAUCACGCGAACGACGAAUAUAUUUACGGAAGGAUAAAGAAAGAAAGGGGAAUCGCGCGCUCAUGAUGUGCGGAUAUUACAGCUCUUCCUGACCGCGGGCACACGGAUCGACCUCGACAUCUCUAAGGAUUCAAGAUGGGAGUGACGGGGCUCUGGCCCAUCCUCGCUCCCUCGGCGCGACCCACGCCGCUCCCCACGCUGAACCGUAAGCGUCUCGCGGUCGACGCGUCGAUCUGGAUCUACCAGUUCCUGAAAGCGGUGCGGGACAAAGAAGGGAACGCCUUGCGCAACUCGCACGUCGUGGGGUUCUUCCGGCGGAUCUGCAAGCUGCUGUACUUCGGCAUCCAGCCGGUGUUUGUGUUUGAUGGCGGGGCGCCGGCGCUGAAGCGGCAGACGGUGUUGGGGAGGAAGAAGCGCCGGGAGGGUCGGAGGGAGGAUGCGGUGAGGACGGCGGGGAAGCUGUUGGCGGUGCAGAUGAAGAGGAGGGGGGAGGAGGAGCAGGAGCAGAGGAGAAGGGAGAGGGAACGGGAGAAGGCCGGGUUGAGAGGGGAUACCGGGGUCGUGGACGAGGAGGCGUUGCCUGCGGAGGCCGAGAUGGUUUAUGUGGGUGAGCAGGGCAUGAGCGCCGCGGAACGCCAGUCCACGCGCAAGUUCCACAAGACGGACGCCUACCAUCUCCCUGAUAUACCGAAUCUGGCCGAGAUGGGCGCGCCCAACGACCCGCGGAUCAUGUCGGCCGAGGAGCUGGAGGAGUACGCGCGGCAGUUCCAUAACGGAGAGGAUGUCAACCUGUACGAUUUCUCGAAGAUUGAUUUUAAUGGCGAGUUCUUCCUGAGUCUGCCGCCGGUCGAUCGGUAUAAUAUCCUGAAUGCGGCGAGGUUGAGGAGUAGGCUGAGGAUGGGCCUGAGUAAGGAGCAGCUCGAGGAGAUGUUUCCGGACCGCAUGGCCUUUUCGCGAUUCCAGAUCGAGAGGGUGAGGGAGAGGAAUGAGUUGACCCAGCGGCUCAUGCAUCUGAAUGGUAUGAAUGGUGAUCUAUUAGGGGUUGAGGGUGGGAGGAUAGCUGGGGAGAGGGGGAGGGAAUAUGUGCUGGUGAAAAACGAGGGUGUGGAAGGGGGUUGGGCAUUGGGGGUUGUGAGUACGGAUAAGAGUGUAGGGGAGAGAAAUAAGCCGAUCGAUGUUGAUGCUCUGCAUCAGAAGGCCAAGGAUAACCAAGAGAGUGAGGAGUCGGACGAAGAGUUCGAAGAUGUCCCCGUGGAAGGCCUGAAUAGGCUGCCGAAACUGCGUCCGGAUCAUAAUCAAACAUAUACUGAUUUCCAGGCGCAAGAAAUCGCUGACCAGAGACGGCAGUUCUAUGCUUCGAGAAAUCAGGAGAGCUCGAGAGCGGUUAGAGUCCCUUCCGAAGAACCCACUUCCCUAUUCGUGGACGACUCAAUGGACGCACGAUAUCCUACCAAUGGACACGACGAAGAUGAAGAUUUGGAUCGAGCCAUAGCCAUGUCUUUACAACCAGAUCAGGAGCCCAAUGAGGAGAUGGACGAAGAAGAGCACCUCAACCGGGCUAUUGCGCUCUCUCUUCAAUCCCAACACCGCCAUGAAUCGCCAUCUGAAAAUGAAGCCGAUUUCGAAGACGUCCCAAUGCCGGAAUACGAACAACGCCCAGCUGAGGCUCCUAAGCCUAUAACAAGUUCAAGCGGGGGUAUGAUCGCACAUAUCGUCAACAACAGAGCCAAUGCUGCGGUUCCCAAACGGAGAGCAGCAAGUAUCAGCAGUGGCAGUGAUAGUGAUAUGGACCUGCAAUCUGCGCUGGCUAAGGCUAGGAGAGCAAAGGCACCGGAAAAGACACGACAGCCUGUGCCUGUUGUGCAGAAUUUAAAGAGCCCUUUUGAUGGACCGUUGCCAUUUGAGAAGCUUGAUUUCGGGACCUCGAUUUUCUCGAAGAAGGCGACAGAAUCUGAACAGCCUGAUGAUGGCAAAGUGGGAGAUGGAGAGGGAGAGGAAGAAUUGGCUGGCGGGUUUGAUAAUCAGGCUGAAGAGCAACCCUCUAAACCUUUACCACCGUGGUUGGCCAAAAGCGGCGAUAUCCGAUCACAGAUCCAAGAGCAGCAGAGAAGGGAUUACGAGCUGAACGCUGAAGAUAGAGAAAUAGCGAUUGAAGAAGAGAUGAUCUUCCGUCGCGAUCAUGGACCUAUCGAGGUUGACUCUUCGGAUAAUGACAGUGAUGUUGAAGUUCUGGAUGCACCGCCGCCUCCGAAAAGAAGCACGGAGAAGAUGGAUGAUAUUGCAGAGGCUGUUAGGGCCGAACCUCCUGUCUCGGAAGUACCUCAGGAUAGACAGCCUAUCUCAAGUAAGGAAGAUCAUGGAGGAUCUGAAGAUGAAAAUGUAGAGUGGUCGGAAAGCGAGUAUGGGGAUGUGGUAGCAAAACCUGUCGGGGUUGACGCUGAGCGAAACAUUGACGGUAAACUCGAUACCGUUCCGGGCUCUAAAUCGACGUCUCCUGAGUUUGAAGAUGUUGAAGUCCCACAGCAAAACGGUGAAAACGAGAGUCCGUCAGCAGAAUUCGAGAAUAUCAACAUACCCGACACUGCAGCAGCUGUGCCCUCGCCCCCGGAAGAUGUACCGGAGAGACCACCAGCAGAUGACGAUUCUUUUAAUCGUCAGCAAGAAGAUGAUGAAUUCGACAUGAGUGAUCCAGAUGAUGACGAACUUCUCGCUCAACUAGCUGUUGAAGCCGAAGAACAUGCACGUUUUGCCAGCACUCUGAAUCAUAAAUCCGAGCAGGAAAAUAAGGAAGCUUAUGAAAGGGAGCUCAAAGCUCUCCGGUCACAACAGAAGAAAGACCGGCGAGACGCUGAUGAAGUCUCGCAUAUCAUGAUUACCGAAUGCCAAGCUCUCCUCCGUCUCUUCGGCCUCCCCUAUAUUACCGCCCCCAUGGAAGCAGAGGCUCAAUGCGCCGAACUCGUGCGUCUGGGUCUCGUCGACGGUAUCGUAACAGAUGACUCCGAUAUCUUCCUCUUCGGGGGUACCCGUGUCUACAAAAACAUGUUCAACAGCAAUAAAUUCGUCGAGUGCUACCUAGCCUCUGACCUCGAGAAGGAGCUCUCCCUCUCCCGCGACCAACUCAUCUCUAUCGCUCACCUCUUGGGCUCUGAUUACACUGAAGGGCUGCCAGGCGUUGGUCCUGUCACCGCCUUGGAGAUACUGUCCGAGUUCCCCAGUAAGAAUGGGCUUCAAGAGUUCAAAGACUGGUGGACCUCCGUCCAACUAUCCUCUACACCCCUAUCAUCCGAAACCUCCACCUUCCGUAAAAAGUUCCGCCGCGCCCAAGCCACCAAACUCUUCCUCCCGCCAGGCUUCCCCUCCCCAGCAGUCACCGACGCAUACCUACACCCCGAGGUGGAUUCCACCCCCGAGCCUUUCCAAUGGGGCGUCCCAGACCUCGAUCGCCUCCGCGACUUCCUAAUGGCUACCAUAGGCUGGAGUCAGGAACGCACCGACGAGGUCCUAGUCCCGGUCAUCAGGGACAUGAACCGACGCGCAGCAGAAGGCACACAGAGCAACAUCACGCGAUUCUUCGACGGCGCGGUCGGCACGGGCGCUAACACUACGGGCCGCAACGAGAGAGCCCCGGGGAGCAAGCGCAUGAAAGACGCGGUGAACAAGCUAAAAGCCAAGAAGCAGAAUAGCGUAGCGCUGGGCGAAACGUUCGCGGACCAGGCCCGCGAGUGGGCGGAGAAGAACGAUCUCAGCCUCACGGCUCGCGAGAAGGAUAAAGCGAGCCGGAAGCGCGGCGGGAAGGGGAAGAAACGCACGGUUGCGGAUGUUGAGAACCCUACUACGGAGACGGAAGAUGUAGAUGUAGAUGGUGGGGAUGCAGAUGCGCAGGACGAGAGUAGCGAGGAAGAAUACAGAGACGUGGAUUCUCGGAGGAAAGGGAGGGGGAAAGGAAGGGCGAAGAGGAAAAGGGUGGCUGCUGUUUGAUUCUAAUAGGGAGCUUCAGGUAGAGAUGGAGUAGGUAUGGAUAGGUGCUUUUUCUGGCUGUGGGAAUCCCCGUCAUAUAGGGGCGUGGUGUCUACGCAGUUGGGUAAAUAGAUUAUAAUGAGUUUAUGUCUGUAUACAUAUAUACGUCUUCCCCUG